GUUGGAGACGGACGGAAGUGACGCAGCUCGUGUUCCUCGAGCAGCUAAUCUGCUUUCCCUACAUCUGAUCGCAACAUGGUGACGCUCGUGUGAAACUCACCUGGCGUCGCUGUUCGCAUUCCGUCCUGCAGUGCAGAGGAAGAUGGACUCGACCCGGAGGAGCGAGGGCGACUGGCAGGUCAACGAGUUCCUCAUUUGUAAGCGUAAAUUGGAGAGUAAAAAAGAAGCUCUUCUGAUUCUGUCUAAAGAGCUGGACACUUGCCAGCAGGAGAGGGAUCAGUACAAACUGAUGGCCAACCAGCUGCGUGAGCGACACCAAGGGCUCAAGAAGAAGUACAGGGAACUCAUUGAUGGAGAUCCUUCUCUGCCUCCAGAGAAAAGGAAUCAAGUAAACUUAGCACAGCUGCUGAGAGACUCCAGAGAAAAAAGCAGUCUACUUUCUGAGGAGGUGAGAGAGCUGAAACAACGACUGGUGGAAGCGCAAGGUGACAACAAGCUUCUACGAAUGACCAUCACCAAACAGAGGCUGGGAGACGAGGAGGUCGGCCCUCGACACUUUCCUGCUCAUGAACGAGAGGAUCUGGUCAAACAAUUAGAAAGAGCUGGAGAGCAGAACAAGGUUUUGGAGCACAGCGUGAAGUCGCUCACAGAUGAGCUUCAGGACGUGCGAGCAGAGCGUGACGUGUUUCAGCAGAAGGCUCAUCGACUAAAUGUGGAAAUGAACCACAUCUUGGGCAACGAUGAGAUACGCCUUUUAGAUGUAGACGCACUCUGCAUGGAGAACAGGUAUUUGCAUCAACGAUUCUGUCAACUUCAAGAAGAAAUCAACCUACUCAAAUCCAACCUGGUGAAGUACAAGAGUGCCCUGGACUGUAGGAAACCCUCUAAAAUCUGUGGGAAACCCAACAGUAGUGCACUGACUGGGGUGCUCUCUGCUAAACAAGUGAAGGAAUUGUUGCUGUCUGAAGAAAACAGCUGCAGUUUGCCGGUGACUCCUCAGUCCAUUUCAGACCUCAAGUCACUCGCCACGGCUCUGCUGGAAACCAUCCACGAGAAGAACAUGGUGAUUCAGCACCAACGCCAAAUCAACAAGAUUCUUGGAAACCGAGUAGCAGAGCUGGAGAAGAAACUAAAAGCGUUAGAAAUGUCUGGAUUAUGGAGACUGCCAGGAGGAAAAGACACCAUCAUCCUCAAUACUCAGCAGGCUGAGUCGACGGAGCCUCCUGGACAGGAAGCUGAUGAAGGCUCAGAAAAAAUAGUCGUCGAUCCGCUGAGCUCCACAGGAGUCCCAGUCCAAGAGAGUGGACCGCCAGCCGAGUCCGGUGGUCAGGAGAAGCUGGUUGAGGAGACACUGUCACCAGUCAGCGAGGAGCUGUGCCAGCCGGACAUCUCGUACCAGUCGGCCGAGGGAGAGCUUGUUUGCCCUCAGACAGAAACACCAGACAGUGAAGCGUGUCAUGACAGCGGCCAAUCACAAGUCACAACUGACCUCACGAGUCACCGGUCAAAAGAAGAGUGUACCAGUGAUUCCUCCCCCACACAACAUCCGUCAGACCUGUGCCACAUAGAGCAAACUCUAGAGGACUCUGACCCCACGGGGGGAAGUGAGGAACAGUCGGGUGAAUGCACUGAAGAGAUGCCAACUGUUGAGACAGAGUUUGUUCUAAUGGGGGAACACAUAGAGAGCACAAUAUACACUGCUGCCGCCGCAGGUUCUGAUGAAGAGCAGGAGAACGUCCAGUCAAACCAGGAGACAGAGCUUCCAGAUGGGACAGAUGUUUUGUGUUAGUCAGGAAAUGUGAAGUCUUCCAUGAGCCGCUCGCAUCAAUGACGUAUUGUAACAUGAUGCUACUUUUAAGCUAUUGAGUUGUUAUGAUUGACAGAUGGUGUGUUGAUAAUGGAUGCUGACAUUUACUGCAUGUCCAAGAAAUAUCAAAACCAAUUAUUGGGACACUACAUGAGUUCCUCAUUAAUAAAGCCUUGUCACAGUAGUAAGAAUGACUGGUGACAAACCUAAAACAAAAUCGGAGCAUCAACUGUCAGGAACUGAUUUAUCUAAUUUGUGCCCGAAAAAUAUCCAAACCUAACUCCCAAAUGUGAUUGGACAGGAAUGUGCUACAACACUCUGAUGGAAUCGUUUUUCCACAAAAUGUUCCACAGACUCAGCCAGGCGAAAGUUAGUGAGGUUGGGCAACAAAGCCGCCGCACUCUGUUCAGUUAAUCCAAAAGGUGUUGGACAGGAUUGAGGUCAGAACUUUGUGCACAAUGUUCAAGUUCUGCCACACAAUGUGGUGUUGGAACAGGAAAGGGUUAUUCCCACACUUUUACCACAACGUUUGAAGCUUUACAUUGUGUGCGUAUUAAAGAUGGCAGUAUACCUCCAUCUCCACAACGUAGAUACCUAUAGGAGAAACGGAUGUAUUGUGAAAAAAGUAGCAAAACAUUUGAACUCAACAGUGAAGCUGAAUGUAAUUUGUUUAUCAUUUCUAGUGUUGAGUCUGGAGACACUGAUUCAAGUUUAACACAAAUGUGCUUCAAGCGAAGAGGGGCAAAGUGUGAUUACUGUUGACUAUGAAUAGGAAGACGUGGUGUUGCUUAGAAAUAAAUUAUCCUUUAUCUUUCUACCUCUGCCGACAUUGAAGAAACCUACCGAAUCAUAUUGAUCACUACGUCAACAAAUGGACAUCCAGCUGUUGUGAACAAUGUUCAAGUUAAGCCGCAGCUCGAUUUAGUUUCAUCAAAUAUAAUACACCCAUUUCAAACUAUUUCAUUUCUUAUUGUCUAAAGUUUUACAAUGUGAGACAUUUGGCUUUUACACAACUUUUAGAUUUUUAAUCAACACAAUAUUAUCAAAGCUAUAUAAAAUGCUACAUGACAAUGUAACACAUGCUUUUAUUUAUCUCCUUGAUGGACUUCUUCAAAGCCAAUAUUUGAUGACAUACAAGGAUGUCAGGUGACAUUGAACAAACCUUUUAAUUUAGAAUACAUUUACAGAAUAUAGUCUGGAAGACAAUUGAGCACAACAUAGUUUACCAGCCCCGAUGUCGUUGUCCUGUUUUUGUGGUGAAACAGUAACUCACCAGCCCUGAGUUAAUUUUGUGCAGAAAUGUGUACAAAAUGGAUUUAUUUCUGAAAAAUAAAUUUCAACUGCUG